GCGCCGCGAGGCGGGCCCGGGCCGCAGCUGAGAGACCCGAGGGAGAGAGUCACGUCCUUGGGGAGCCUGUCAUCCAAGCUGUCCAGGAGCCGCGCCAGGGCCGCACAGUCGGGGGGCAACGUGCGCCCGGCCAGUCCCGGGCCCCACGGCUCCCUGCGCCCCGCUGUGCGCAGCCUGGUUAACUGUCCAGAAACGGAGGACGCGGGUCCAGUUUUGGGGAGCAGCUCUCAGGAGGAAAACAUCUUCACCCGUGGCCCUCCCAAGGGGCCGCCCCCUGUCGGGUGGGCAGCGGACAGCGCGCUCUUGGAAGCUGACGGCCAGCAGGCCCCCCAGGAGUGCGUGGACUCAGCCCUCACCCCUGGCUUCUCAGAGGGCGCUCCCGAGGGACUGCCACUGGCUGUCCCUCCUGGGGACACACCAGGAGACAGACCCACGCAGCAAGCAAGCAUCAGGGCAGUGGGGGCUGCCGUGCCGAGCCGAGAGCUGCAUGGUCGUGAGGCCGUAGCCGUCACUCUGGCUGCUGGAGCCAGAACGCCGGGCUCCGACUCAGAGGCGGAAUGUCACAGUGCUGCUCAGGGUGCUUCCAGCUGCAGGGACACCCAAGAGCUUCCUCCGGAGGGGGACAGUGGCCUGAAGAAUGGAGGCCCUUGCAGCAUCCCCCUGGGGCCAGGGUCAGACCGCCAUGCCCCCGACACAGCCAGCGCCGGGUCACCCAGCACCCCGUACUACCUCCGGGGCUUCCUUAUGGUGCUGAGGGCUGUGCUUGGGGACGAGGACGACCGGGCACUCUUCAACGAGCAGGAGCUGGGCAUCACGGCCGCGUUCCAGCGGUUAUCAGCUAACGGUCAGAAGUUGUAUGUGAGGCUCUUUCAGCGUAAGCCGAGCUGGAUCAGGGUGGGGAAGCUGGAGUACGACGAGAUCGCCCCUGACCUGACGGCCGUGGUCGAGGAGCUGACGCACGCAGGCUUCCUGCAGACAGAAUCCGAGCUGCAAGAGCUCUCAGAAGCACUUGGACUCCUUUCUGCUCCUGAACUGAGGGCCCUGGCCAAGACCUUCCACCUGGGGAGCCCCGGCGGGCAGAGACAGCAGCUGGUGGACGCCCUCCUCAAGCUGGCCAGGCAGCGUGCCGUCUGCACGUGGGCCCGGGGUGCGGCUGGAGUCCGUGCUGCCAUCCUGAAAAGAGCUAAAGACCUGGCUGGACCAUCGCUGCGCGUCUGCCCAGGCCCCAGGGCGGUGUUUGCCCGACUCCUGCUGCUGUUCUCGCCGACUGACUUGGCGGAGGACGACGAGGCAGCCUCCACUGGCCAGGCGCAGCUGUCUACCGUGUUGCUGGUCAGCCUUGGCCGCGUGAAGUUCCCUGACUACACUGUCAACCGGAAAACUCGCAUCUUCCACGACCGACAAGACCUGAUCAGGUACGCGGCAGCAGUGCACACGCUGAGGGGCCUCUCUGCCGCCAUGGCCAGUGGGAGCUGGGAAGAAGCCAAGGCGCUGGCGGAGAGUGCGAAGCGGGCCUGGGACGGACUGAGAGGCCAUCCCUCCCUGAGGUACCACGAGGGGCUGCCCCUAUUCCUGCGGUGUUUCACCGUUGGCUGGGUUUACACGAGGAUCGCGUCCCGGGCUGUGGAGACCCUGCAGAGACUUCACAUGUAUGAGGAAGCUGUCGGAGAACUGGAGAGCCUCCUGGCUCAGAAGGUCUACUGUCCAGACAGCAGAGGCCGCUGGUGGGACCGCCUGGCCCUGAACCUGCACCAGCACCUGCGGCGCCUGGAACCGGCCGUCAGGAGCAUCUGCGAGGGCCUGGCAGACCCAGCGGUCCGGACAGGGCACCGGCUGGCGCUGCAGCAGAGAGCCCUGCGCCUGCGCGAGUCUCCGGGUGGACACCGGCUCGCGGCACUCCUCCGCCAGCUUCCAGAAGUGGCCGUGCGCGACGUCCGGCAUGUGACCAUCACGGGCAGGCUGUGUCCACAGCAGGGGACGGGGACGGGCAAGUCCGUGUUCAUGAUGGAGGCCGGGGAGCCCACCGCCCGCGCCACCAUCCUGUGCUCCGUGGAGGAGCUGGCGCUGGCCCACUACAGACGCAGCGGCUUCGACCAGGGGAUUCACGGGGAAGGGUCCACCUUCAGCACCCUGUGUGGCCUCCUGCUGUGGGACACCAUCUUCAUGGACGGGGUCCCCGACGUCUUCAGGAACGCCUACCAGGACUCCCCGCUGGACCUGCUCACAGACAGCUUCUUCACCAGCAGGAAGCAGGCCCUCGAGGCCAGGCUGCAGCUGAUCUGUGAGGCCUCCACGCAGAGCCUGCAAGCCUGGGUGGCAGACACAUGGCAGGCCCAGGAGGGCCGAGCAGCUGCACUCGUCAGCUGGGACCGCUUCGUGUCUCUACAGCAAGCUCAGGACCUUGUCUCCUGCCUGGGGGGCCCCAUCCUUAGCGGUGUGUGCAGGCGGCUGGCUACUGACUUCCGGCACUGCCGGGGGGGCCUCCCCGACCUGGUGGUGUGGGACUCCCAGAGUCGUCGUGCGAAGGUGGUGGAAGUUAAAGGCCCCAACGACCGUCUCUCGCACAAGCAGAUGCUCUGGCUGGACGAGCUGCAGAGGCUGGGCGCAGACGUGGAAGUCUGUCACGUGGUCGCGGUGGGCGCCAGAGGCCGAGGCCUGAGCUAGAGCCGUGGAGCUGGGACUGUCCAUCGUAAACCAAGACCAGACCUUCAAAGGCAGAAGCCGGCUAGGUUUAUUUAGUUCGAACUGUCACCAGCAGUCACAAACCCGCCGAGUUUGUAACCCUCAGCCCUGUGCAGGGUCUGCGCCCACCUCGGCACUUGCCUGAAUGCACUUCUUGAUGCCACGUGGCAGGUACCACUGUAUUUUCCCAUGAGAGACAAAGACUGGCCCCGACAGGUCCUCAUGCUGUCGUCUGCCUGCCCCUCGGCCA